AUGGGUUCAUUGCUUCAAUAUGCUUUCAUUACUAUAUCGGCUUUGAUAUUGAUACAGCUUGGAGUCACAGUGACAGCCACGAGUUCCUGUUCAACCUGCACACAAACAAGCCCAACGCUCACCAUUGAUACGACAAGCUCUGGAUCAGCUCCGUUUGAUAGCGAUGUUAUGGGAACGGAUGGAAAUGGACGUGUGACAAGAACGCUAACUUGUACAUCAACAGUUGCUGGGUAUGCUGCAUAUAUCUCGGUGAGUCUU